AUUUGAACUCAGAAUAUAAAGGGAAGCAACCAAAUAUCUCCCAACAUUUUAUCGCUGUCUCUAUGCAUUCAACCAAAGGGAAAUUACUUUCAUCGCAAUUAUUGGUUCCGGUGUAAACAGACGGAUCACCAACAUGAAGGUUGUCUCUUUGAUCAGCGGUGGUAAAGACAGUACUUAUAAUAUGAUGCAAUGUGUGGCCGAAGGGCACGAAAUUGUCGCCUUGGCGAAUUUAAGACCACCUGAUGUAGACGAAAUGGAUAGUUACAUGUUUCAGACUGUUGGUCAUCAUGCUAUUGAUUUGUAUGGUAAAGCUAUGGAAGUACCAUUGUUCCGGAGAACCAUAGAAGGAAACUCCAAGAGAACAGACAGAGAUUAUGAUCUGACUGAAGGAGAUGAAGUAGAAGACUUGUACAAUCUCUUAAAAUUGGUAAUGGAAGAAGUUGAAGAAGUAGAUGCCGUAUCGGUGGGAGCUAUACUUUCAGAUUACCAACGUGUCCGUGUUGAAAAUGUCUGUAGUCGUCUUGGACUGACUGUACUUGCUUAUCUGUGGCGGCGAGACCAACAAGAACUCCUUGCUGAAAUGAUCGAUGCAAAAGUAGAUGCAAUUAUUAUCAAAGUCGCAGCUAUGGGACUGAUGCCGGAGAAACACCUUAGACUUUCGUUGAAAGAGAUUUAUCCAAGUAUGAUCCAGCUUCACCAAAAGUACGGUUUAAAUGUUUGUGGUGAAGGCGGAGAGUAUGAAACUUUCACGCUUGAUUGCCCAUUGUUCAAGAAAAAAAUACUCGUUGAUGAUAGUGAAAUUGUAUGCCAUUCGGAUGAUGCUUUUGCCCCAGUAGGCUAUAUAAGUUUCAAGUCUCUGCAUCUUGAAGUAAAAGAUGGUAUAGAUCAGUCUCUGGCAGAUUUGUCAAUGAAAUCCAGUAAAUUCCUAAUUGAUGAACUCUUUUCUGUUGAAGAGCAAGAGAGCUUGCAGUUUGAUAAAUCACAAGAGAACAGUGUUGCUGAAAAUCUUGCUUCAGUGGAAAUUAAACCGCCUUUAAUCAAAGAAUCCAAUGAAUAUUUUUGGAUUGCUAACCUUGUUGGCUGUGGAAGAGAUGUAGAAGCAGCAAGCCAGCAAGUGAUGGGUUCUCUAAAAGAAUCACUGUCUCUCUGUAAAAUUUCUCCUACUUUCAAAAAUAUUUACUCUGUACAUUUAUAUGUAAAAAAUAUGGAAACUUAUAGUGUGAUUAAUAGUAUUUAUAAGAAAUAUUUUGGAACUAACCCUCCUGUUCGGGUUUGUGUCGAAAUGGAUUUACCGUCAAAUAUACUUUUAAAGAUGGAUGUUGCAGGUAGUUCUCAAAUACAACAUCCUGAUAGGCAUACCAUGCAUGUGCAAAGCCUUUCACACUGGGCUCCAGCAAACAUAGGACCGUAUAGCCAAGCAGUGAAAAUUAACAUGGACCUUUUUGUUGCUGGACAAAUAGGACUCUGUCCAGCAACGAUGAAGCUUCCAGAACCGUUUUGUAUUAAAACUGAAGCCAGACUAUCUUUAAGACACGUACACCGAAUACUAAAAGCUAUGCAUGGAGAAUGUACUUUCCAGAAUAUUGCUUUGUGCAUUUGUUAUAUUACAAACCAAACAUUCCUUCAAGUGGCGAAAGAUGAAUGGGAGCGAAUGUUGUGCUUGGAUGAAGAUGCUUUUAGUUCUGAACUGAGUCCAAUAAUACAGUUUGUUGUUUUAUCUGGUUUACCCAAGAAUGCUCAUAUUGAAUGGGAUUGUAGAGCAGUCUUAACUGAACAAAGUGAUAUUAAAAAGCAGGAACAUACCAUUACAUGUGGCAGGCUCCAUUUAGAAUAUCGCAUUCAUGAAUGCAGUAAAAUCUCAGGGUUUAAAGGUUCUGUUUUAAUAACUGAUACAUUCUCAACUGAUUCCAUUUCAAAAGACACAAUGUUAAGCGAACUUUUUACUGUUAUUAACAACUUAGUCAAAGACAUGAAUACAUCUUGGGAUGAUAUUCCAACAAUUAAGGUUUUCUUCUGCAAAGAUUUUUUUGACUACACUGAAUUGGACUCAAAAUUACAAAAUGUACUCAAAGCUUUGUGUACUCCACUUUAUACUUUGUUACCUGUAAGAUGUCUAACGGAGACUUCCUGCAAAUUCUCUGUCUGUUUCUAGAUUGACAGAAAUAUUUCAAGCUUGGGUUUUCUGAUUUUAUUAAAAUAUUUAUCAGUAUA